AUGGAAGUUGCUAUUGUUGUGAUUGGGAUAGGCCAGACAGUUUAUUCUCUUCUUUCUCUCUUUCCUCCUAAGACUGAUAUUCUGUUGAUUGAUUUAGAAUGUGAAUACUUUCUGCCAAUUGAACCAUGUCCUAAUGAACUUCCUUCUUCUCUUCGUUUAGUUCAUGUUCUACCUGAAGCACUCAGUACUAUUCUUACUCAACCUAUCCCCGAAUCAACUAUUAUUCUUAAUCGGAUCUUUUCUUUCCAAGCCUCGCCCGCUGAAAUCCAGCAACGACUUAACUACCUCCAAAAUCUAGCUUUCCAAAACAAACGGGUCUUUGCCACUACUGAAUAUACUAACUCUCUCACUACUUCCAUCCGAUACUUUCCAAUCCUCCGCCGAAUGACUCAUCUCUACCACCUAAUCUCCGAUUGA